AAGUUAGGUUAAAGUUUCUCGAGUUUUGUCAGUAUUCAAUGAAUAUCUGUUCAUCUAGUUUACAUCACAAGUUAAACAGGACACGAAUGAACCAGUGUUGAUCAGAUAAAGUAAAUAGAAAGCUAAGUGUUCUCAAUGUUUCCAAGUUGUCACCUUUUAUGGAUUAAAUUGAUCAUGUUUAACAAUCAUUUUUGUGGUAAAUUGUUGUCCAUCUUUGCCUUAUCACCUGCAAGAUGGGCUUAACUCGGAGUAAACUGUGGACUUUUAACAAGUCAAACAACAAGAAACCUCAAUUGACAUCCAACGAUGAAGUUACAUUUGAUGAUUUUCAAAUAUUAAGAGCAAUUGGCAAAGGAAGCUUCGGAAAGGUUUGCAUAAUACAGAAACGGAACACCAAGAAAAUGUAUGCAAUGAAGUACAUGAGUAAAAACUUAUGUAUCCAGAAAGAUGCAUUUGCUAAUGUUUUACGAGAAAUACAAUUAUUAACUCGACUGGAGCAUCCAUUCAUCGUUAAACUAUGGUUUACCUUUCAGGACGAAGAAGACAUUUUCAUGGUUGUCGACCUUUUACUCGGUGGUGACCUGCGAUAUCAUUUACAGCAAGAAGAUUGUUUCUCCGAGAAGCGAGUCUACUUUUACCUGUGCGAAAUAGCACUUGCUUUGGAUUACCUUCACUCCAAGUAUAUACUUCACAGAGAUAUUAAACCAGACAAUAUAUUGCUCGAUGAAGAAGGCCAUGUUCAUCUGACGGAUUUCAAUAUUGCGAUUGAGCUUAAAGAUGGUUCAGAAGCCAAUUCCAUGUCAGGAACCAAGCCUUAUAUUGCUCCAGAAGUCUUUGAAUGUGCUCUUGACCGACGAACUGGUUACUCUUUUGCAGCCGAUUGGUGGUCAUUGGGUGUUUGUAUAUAUGAAAUGAUCUCUGGUUCCCGUCCUUAUGAUAUUCAUUCAACUACCAGUUUGGAAAAGGUUCUUGAUUUUCAAAGGAAACCUUGGCCUAGCCUUGAUUCAGCUACUCUUUCAGCUGGGUUUAGUUCGCUUUUGGCUUCCUUGUUGACCUAUCAACCCUCCAAACGCGUUGCCAGUCUGGAUGAACUUAAAAAGUGUGACUAUUGUGCCCAAACCAAUUUCGAUGAGAUAUUCAGGAAAUCGGUUAAACCUCCUUUUAUACCGCCUCGAGAUCAACUCAACUGUGAUCCAACCUUUGAACUUGAAGAGAUGAUUAUCGAGGCUCGUCCAUUGCACAAGAAAAAGAAGCGUCUUUCAAAGCGUCAACAGCAGAGCAUUAAGAAAGGUCAUUUAAAUCAUCAGAAUAGCUCAUCGUUUUCCGAUUCAGGUUCAAUGAUGGAUGAGAACAGUCCAAUUAAAAAGUGUUUACAAACAAUUGACCAACAAUUCAUCAUUUUCAACCGAGAAAAGGAAAUGGAAAAGCAAAAGUUUCUCGAAAAGGAAAAAAUCUGGGAACAAGAAUUGGAAAAAGUGAUUAACUGAUUACCUGGUAUCGUUACCUAAACUGUAAAUCUAAUCACACUUGAAGCGAAAAGUGUUGCUCGUGAAAAAUAAAAAAAUUGUUUUGUAAUAACAUUGUAAUAACGAAGAAGCUCUUUAUCAAAUAUUGAUUUUGGUCUUUCAUUUGAUUAACUUGGUUAAUAACAUGGAUUACCGAUUACUAAGGUAACUGUUGAACUACAAUUUGUUGUACAUUAAUUAAUUGGUGAAACAUUAAUUGAAUCUCUAUUGUAACAGUUUUCAUGAUUAAUAAGAAACCAGUUUACUUGGUAAUUAAGUUGAUGGAAGAAGGUUGAAAAUAAAUGAAGGACAUCAAUUUAA